GCGGCAGCCUCCGAAUCGGACAUGGCCCUGGCUUUGAACCGCUACCUUUGCACGUCUGUGCUGCCUCUACUGCUGAAACACUCGCACUUCUUCCGCGAGUCGGAGCACAUGUCUGUGCUGCUGGAGACCAUGCUACAGACCUGCUACAGGCUCUCCAAGUGCCGCACACUCACCAAAGGCCAGCAGGAGAUGACCUCGGACUUCCUGGUCGCUUUCACACAGGAGCUGCGUCUUCCGCUGAUGACCAACCUGCUGCGGAAGCUGACCGUGGACGUGCCGGCACUGUCGGAGCACGCUGUGGUGCCGCUCAGG